AUGGAUCCCCUUAAGUAUCUCUUUGAGAAAUCCACACUCAAUGGAAGAAUAUCCAGAUGGAUAGUAAACUUAGCUCAAUUCGACCUAAGAUUCAUGCCUCAAAAGGCUAUCAAAGGAUCCACGAUCUUUGUUUUCCUGGAAGACUUUCUAAUUGAGGAUUUAACACCAGCACAAGAAAACGAUUUCCCAGAUGAAGAGUUGAUGGUCACUGAGAAUGAUACUUGGAUAUUAUACUUCAACGGCCUCAAAACAGCCUUGGCACUAGGAGUCAAGAAACUUCGGAUAUUCGGAGAUUCGUCCCUUAUCAUCAAAAAAAUUUCUAAAAGAUGGAAAGUGCGGAGUGAAAGUCCAGCUCCCUAUCAAACCUAUUUGGAAACACUUACUGAUCAACUCAAAAAGAUAGAAUACACAUAUUUACCAAGAGAAGAAAAACAAUUUGCUGAUGUCUUAGCAAGGCUAGCCUCCAUGGUUAGAAUUCCUAAGGAAAUUGAGCAAAUGCCUUUAACAAUAGAAACAACGCAUAAGCCUGCCUAUAUUCAAGCUAUUGAGGAUGAUGAAGUAAUUCAGGAAGAAGAAGAAGAAGAACCUUGGUAUACCGACAUCCUCAAUUAUGUCACUAAAGGGGAAUAUCCACCUAAUGCUGACUAA